AUGCCAGGAGCUACUGGUAGCUUCUUAAUGUUGGGUUAGCCAUAUGAUGCCAGAUUAAAGUCUGGUCGCAGCCUAGAUCAUCCAGAAACCGUCAACUCAUCACGUUGCAGAUCUCUCCAACACCUUCGACUUCCACCUGCUUGAAACUUGAAUUCGACCCACGUGCAUGCAAAGCAAAUGGCUCUUGUUCACGUUCACAGUUGUGGCUUGAAGCAUCGUCCCGUUUCCCAACAUCCCCUUUCAGCACUGCUCAACACGCAAUGGCUGACAUGUGUGUCAAGGAGGCGGCGGAGAUGUGUCACAUCCACAAGCCAGAGGUGACCGUCUUCUACGAGCCGGAAACGCACACCGUAUGCUCCGUCGUGAGAGAUCCCGGCAGCUACAAAGUAGCAGUGGUUGACUCGGUGAUGGGCUUUGACUUUCCAUCCGGAAACACCAGCACUCAGCAUGCUGACCAGGUGAUUGAUUUCAUUCAGCAAAAUAACUUUGAAGUGGAAUGGAUUUUGGAGACUCACGCCCAUGCUGAUCACCUGUCCGGUGCCCCGUACAUCCAGGGAAAGCUUGGUGGCAAGAUUGCCAUUGGCGAAAAUAUCAAGCUCGUUCAGGAAGUCUUUGCAGGGGUCUUCAACUUGGGCCCAGGCUUUCAGAAGGAUGGCUCUCAAUUCGACAAGCUUUUUGCUGAUGGAGAAACCUUCCAGCUUGGUGCCAUGCGUGCGAGUGUCAUUUACACACCUGGACAUACUCCGGCAUGUGUGUGCUAUUUGAUUGGUGAUGCACUCUUCACUGGCGACACCUUGUUCAUGCCUGACUACGGCACUGCACGGUGUGACUUCCCGGGAGGGUCGUCGAAAAUGCUGUACCAAUCCAUCCAGAGGAUCAUGUCACUUCCAGAUGAGACCCGAGUCUUUGUGGGCCACGACUAUCUCCCAAAGGAUGGCCGGAGCGAAUUCGCUUGGGAGACAACCAUUGGGGAGGAGAGACGCAACAACAUCCACAUCGGUGGCGGAACGUCCGAAGACGACUUCUGUUCGAUGCGCGACAGCCGCGAUGCCAUGCUGGCCAUCCCCAAGCUGAUUGUGCCUUCGGUCCAGGUGAAUAUUCGGGCAGGUCGCUUCCCCGAGCCCGAUGCCAAUGGCCAUGUGGCUUUGUCUCUACCGAUCAACAAGCUCACCAACACCGGGACCCUUCAUCCGUGAGAACGAGAGAGCAGCUUGAGACAAGGUGAAACAAAUGCCAGCUUUGCCCACGGCGGGACUACAAGCCUUUGUGCUGUUAGUCUCGCCAGUGUGGCCCGUUUGCUUGGCCGGCUACCUGCUGAGUCAGGUGAGCUGGCAUGUUUGGACUCAAGUCAAGAGUUGGACGCCUUUGAA